AUGGAUUCUCAGGAGGUCUCUGAGAAGGGCAACAUGGCCUAUUUAAUACUGCGGUGGUCUCUGGCUCUCGUUUUACCUAUCGUUGCUAUCUUUGCACUAUCACUUUUCGUCGGCUUCGUAGCCAUUUUCGUCGCCAAUUCCUCAGUUCCUAGCCCAAUUUCCGUGUCCUCUCAGUGCAGGAUCGUCUCCAGCAAUGUUGAUCUUAAGUCAUCUAAGGUGUGUGAGCUUGGACUGUUCAAUUACAAAGCCAAGCAUGUGUUUUAUCCUUUUGAAGGAAGAAGAUUUCGAUGUCGUUAUGAUUACUAUUGGGCUUCAGUUUUUAAGGUGGAAUACAAAGAUCAGUCUUCUGGUCAGACUCAGCUUGCAUUGGCUGAGGCUCCAAAUGAGGCCCUUCCUCUUGAUUGCAGACCUAAUUUUGGUGCUGCAUGGUUGACCAAAGAUAAGUUCAAGGUCAAUGAAACUUAUGACUGUUGGUACACAUAUGGCAUUUCCAAAGUAAGCUUAUAUCAUGAUGGUUUCUUCAGUUGCCAAGCUAAAGAUCCGUCUACCUUUGAGAUGAUUAGAAGAUAUUUCAUCCUUGCGACGAAGAUUUUACACUCCUGGUUUGUCGGCCAGGAACGAGCUGGGUUUUGGAGGUGGGAAACCAUAGCUGGAGUUAUUGCUGGUUUUUCGACUUCAUUAAUCUCCAUAAGCUUUAUUAGCCUCCUGCAACAAAUGAAAUCUCGGUUGCCUCAACUUUUUGCUGCAAGAGUGCUUCCUCUCUAUAUGAUCCGCUUCAGGCGCACUUGUUUUCUUGUGGCAUACAUCUCUUUUAUGAGUUGGCUGGCUAUCCAGUAUGGGAAAAGGCUUGGCCUCCUGGAGAUCAUCACUCUUCUUAAGAAGUAG